AUGGCGUUCACUGAAGAAGAGGAAGUAACCCUUACUGAAGAGGUAGAAGAUGAAGAGCCAACCGAAGAACCAGAAGAGGAAGGAGGCGACGUCGAAGAAGAGGAAGGAGGCAACGCUGAAGAAGAGGAAGAAGAAGAAGAAGAAGAAGGUCCAAUCGAUCCUAAACCUAUUUUGUUCGAAGAAUGUGGAGAGUCCCCCAAAUGUGCUCCGUUAAAAAGUGUUUAUGAGACUUGUAAUGACCGAGUAAAUAGUCGUAGUAAUACUGAAGAAACUUGUACGCAAGAAUUAUUCGAUUUUAUGCAUUGUGCGGAUAAAUGUGUUGCAAAAACUCUUUUCUCCCGUCUUAAGUAAAAUUUGGAUGCUCUAAUUUAAUAACAGAAAGGUAUAUCGGCCUUUACGUUAUCGUAAGCUACUGUCUCAUAAUACUUUUGUAUACCUUGUCAAACUGUUGAAUUCAAAGUUGAAGUGCCAUAAUUCGCUUUAUUUCCAUGUGGCUAAGCGUAUAUGUUUUAUCAAUAAAAUAAAAAUCGCUAAUUUUACCUCAC